UCCAGUCUGAGUUGCAGAUACGAUCACAAGUAUUUUCAGGUUUAUAUCUUGACCACAGGGACAAGUAUUAUUUUCAUUACGCUCGCAUACAACAAAUUAUAUAUUGAUUAUUUAGAUCUGUUUCUUGUUCAAACAGCACAAUCAAAUAGAAGCCCGCUAUUUCAAGAAGAAGAAAUAUACAAUCCUAAUCAACGAGGAUGUCGGUGUCCUCGGCCUCGCGUGUUUAUUUCUUCAUCUUUUCAUCCUUUCUCUUCUACUAUUCUAACUUAGCGAUACCAUGUGUGGCCGCCUCAAUGACAGGGUCUUCGGAGUUUCUUCGUAGAAGCACUGGAGGCAGUGACACUGGAGCAAUGGAUACGACUUCGAGAGCCGACCGUCAUGCUGGUAGUAGCAUUGAAAGUCGUGAGGAGGACUCGGAGGAUUCGCCGAGAAUUUAUGCAACUUCUGAUGCGACGAGAGAUUCGGGACCACCGAGUACAGGCCUGAGAGAGUUUGUGGACGUUUUCUGCAACAAAGAAGACGAGACUCGGGAGAGGGCCCUCAAGAUACUGCUGACAGCAGUAGGGCGAGAGGUCCUCGACAUACUAGAAACAGCCAUCGGGCGAGAUAGUACUUCCAAAGUGGGAACCUAUCUUCUGAAUGAAGAGAAGUUCGUGACGCAGCCAGUAUAUCGGAGCAUCACACGCCCGCCACAGGAGGCAUGGACAGAUGGUGGACUAGAUGAAUAUGGGCAACCGGCGGAUGAAGAAGAUUUUGUUGUCUGGAAAGGAUCAGUGGCGGAGCUGAAGCGGAAGGCAGUGGAACAAGAAGGCACAGACUCUUCACCGUCCUGGGCUUCUACUUUCCUGCUCCUGUACCAACAGGUGUCCCUCCUGCUGCGUUCUCUCGGCUGCAGGAGAGGUGGUGGUGGAACAACAGCGUCAACAACUGGACUGAAACAACAUCAACUAUAUCAACAGCGUCCUCCACUCGUUAAUAUCGAAGACGAUUUGGAAGCAGCGCUGGAAGCAUUUCGGCAGCGGAAGGAGGAUGAGGGAGUGGAAUCUUGGAGGAUCAUCGAUGAGACGCGGGUUUCCUCCUUUCCACCGGGUUUCGAGCAGCGGCGGUGGGAAAAUCUGGGACAGUACGUACGCAAUCAUAUUUUUGACCUGUUGGAGGAUGAGUCCCUUUUUGAUCAAGAUAAUGUGGAGCUGUCGCUCGUCGCACGAUGGGAAUAUGAUCCCGGCCUAACUACAGAUGAACAACCGGAUGCAGAGGAAGCACCAGUGUAUAACGAUUUGUUUUUCAACAUACACUUCUUCGGCAUGAUGAAAGCCGACCUUUGUAGCAGGCGGACCCCCAUGAUAGCGGAACAAGAAGAGCAUGGUGCGCUACAACAUCAUGCGCCAGCAGGCGCCGGAGGAGCAUCAUCAUCUGCAUUUUUGGGUAAAGAGUACUAUCGUAGUACUGGGACAACUGCAUCUUCUUCUGUAGUAUGUUCUGCAGGAGAAGACGAGUCCUCUGCCUCGAGUAGUACUGCUGAGUCUACCUCUAGUACAGCUGCAGAGGAGCAGCUGCGACGUCGGUGUCCAGUGCUUUCUGCGACGGCAACCUUCGCGCCGGUCAGGCAGCUGCAGCCACGGCAGAGGAGUUUCACGGGUCUCGAAAUACACAACCAUAAUGUGCAAAAAGGAGGACCGGACGAACAGGCACCUUUCUCCUUGGACUUUGUUGCCGACAGCGAGGUGGGCCGACUAGAAUUCCGAUACGAGGGAGAAGAAGUCCUCGCGGGUGCAGCGCCGCCAGUGCCAUGCGCCUAAGGGCGCAUAAAAAUCAUCCGGAGUCGGAGACACAAAAGAUCUGCAGGGCUCACAAAUUCACCCAAAGGCAAUUCUAUAGACGACGAUCAUUAAAUUUGCAUGGUGAUCAUUAUCAUGAAGAAACGAAAGGCUCGACGCAGUCCACCUUUUUUUUGAGGAAUGUAUCGAGUUGAGACUUCGAGAGGAGUCGUAUUGAAGUAAGGCUCCAAACUUUGAGUAUGAGUAGAGAUUUUCUCCUCGUAAAGAGUACACCUACUUACAUCAAUACUUGAUGGUUGAUCAUAAUUCUCAUGAGGGACGACGACUCCUUGGUGAGUACUUGCCAAAGUAAACGACUUAUGAUGGAUGACAAGGAUAGAAACCUCGCGCUCGCUUGUGAUGUAUGUCAUAGGCUGAUAUUCUCGUCAGCUAUCUAUCAUCUACUGGCUUCAUUCAUUCAUUCAUUUUGACUCUUAUUAUAGUGACUUUGUUCUUGAUUUUGUCUUUGACAAGAGCUUCUCCUGCUUUCGAAC